GCACAGACGGGACGGCACGACACUAUUCCUGGUUCAACCAAUUGUGGAACGAUGAGGCAACGUAACUGUUGAAGUUUAGCAUAACUUGUUAUGUUUUGGGUGUUAGUCACCCUUCAAGUAGACGUUUUGUUCAACAAUGUGACAACUUAGCAGCAUUUUGGAAAGUGAAUAGAAAUCGAACUGUAGUGUUUUCCAGCAAUGGGGUUGUUUGAGUACACCGUUGGACAAGAAGGUUUAGCGACUGAGGUUACAGUGGCAAAGGAGAAGUUGGUGUGCAUGGGCUUGGACAACCAGAGCUAUACCUGUGAAUCUGGUCACUGCUGUGGAGAAACACAUUGCUGCAGUUACUACUAUGAACUGUGGUGGUUCUGGUUGGUGUGGACUCUGAUUGGCAUCCUGACAUGCUGUUGUAUGUGUCAGCACUGGCGCGCCAAACAACGCUUCCAGCAGCAGCGUCGGCAGAACGAGAUUAACCUCAUUGCCUACAGAGAAGCUCACAACAACUCUCAGCUUCCCCUCUAUCUCAGAAUCUUACCGUCCUACCUGCUGCCGGCCUAUGACGAAGUCGUCGACUGUCCAGCUACUCCCCCUCCUCCUUACACACCUGUCGUGGCAACACCUUCACCCACAGACACACUUGAUGAAUCUUGCCACAAUGCAGCGAUAUCGAUCCCGAGUGAUGCAGUUUGCACAGCCACACCAGACAUCCUGCAGCCCCACGGUCAAAGCGCCAACAGCAACAAGGAUUCAAUGCAGGGCAGGUACCGCCACUUCACAGGGGACUCUGGGAUUGAAGUGUUUGAUGGCCACGAACUGUGGGAUCAACAUGGUUUUUUACUGAGAGAAGACGCGGGUGAUGAUGGAGCGGGACAAAUGGAGGAAACCUGUGUUUGCUGUGGUUCCCAAGGAUGUGACCACAGCGACAUGGAUAAUGGCUGGAGCAAUGAAAACACAGAUGGACACACAACAGUGAAUACAAACCCACCGUUCCAUUGGUAAAAACUAUAAAGUUCUCGCAACUGCGCAGCAGGGAUGCUUUAGGGAUUUGUUCUAUGUCCAUGUUAAAUGACACAGGUUGGAAUAAUACUACUGUUUGUGACGAGGCUGGAAUUAAAUGAAGGCUUUUUGCAUUUUACACAUUUAUUUUCAGUGUGUGAAUGAAAGAGGCUAUUGGUUGUAACCUUUCAUUGGUACAGUAGCAAUGCAAGCAAAUAUAUGCUGACAUAUUUUUCAGGCAUCAUACAUUAUGACCAUACAUCCUGUACCAAAUUUAGCCACCAGUCAAAUGCACAGCAUGGAACAUUCUCAAGAGAGUGAGAGUGGCAUACUGUAUUCAUUCCGUCCGGUUAAACUGAGCAAUCGGGGAGAAGAGCCUUGGUAAGAGAGGUAAAGAAGAACCCAAAGAUCACUGUGGCUGAGCUCCAGAGAUGCAGUCGGGAGAUGGGAGAAAGUUCUAGAAAGUCAACCAUCACUGUAGUCCUCCACCAGUCGGGGCUUUAUGGCAGAGUGGCCCGACGGAAGCCUCUCCUCAGUGCAAGACACAUACAUGAAAGCCUGCAUGGAGUUUGAUAGUGAGAAGUAAGAUUCUCUGGUCUGAUGAGACGAAGAUAGAACUUUUUGGCCUUAAAUCUAAGCGGUAUGUGUGGAGAACUGCUCAUCACGUGUCCAAUACAGUGGUGGAAGCAUCAUGCUGUGGGGGUGUUUUUCAGCUGCAGGGACAGGACGACUGGUUGCAAAAAGACGAAUACGGCCAUGUACAGUGAUAUCCUGGAUGAAAACCUUCUCCAGAGUGCUCAGGACCUCAGUCUGGGUGAAGGUUCACCUUCCAACAAGACAAUGACCCUGAGUACACAGCCAAAAUAACAAAGGAGCGGCUUCAGAACAACUCCAUGACUCUUCUUGAAUGGCCCAGCCAGAGCCCUGACUUAAACCCAAUUGAGCAUCUCCGCAGAGACCUGAAAAUGGCUGUCCACCAACAUUCACCAUCCAACCUGACAGAACUGGAGAGGAUCUGCAAGGAGGAAUGGCAGAGGAUCCCCAAAUCCAGCACUACUGGCAAAAUAUUCUGUGGGCAGAUGAAACCGAAGUGCAAUUGUUUCGGGAGGAAGAAAAUACGUGUUCUGGAGUGGCCUUGUCCAAGUCCUGACCUACACCUGAUUGAGAUGCCCUCCAGAGAGUCACAGACAUAUCAGGAAUCUUGCUGAACUGCAAGUUUUGUCAAGAGGAUUGGUCGAAAAUUCAUCCUGAUUGCCGUGCAUGUCUGCUCUGCAACUCGAGGAAACGUUUGGUUGAGGUUAUUCCUGCCAAAGGAGGGUCAACCACUUAUUUUAUCCCUGUCCCGUGAAUGGUUACGUUCUUCUCUAUUCAAAUAUGAUCAAAUAUAAUUGUGUGGGAUUGUUCAUUCUUGUGAUUUAGAUGAUCAGAUUACAUUUUAUGACCAAUUUAUGUUCAAAUUUAAUUAAUUCUAAAUGGUACACAUACUUUUUCAGGACACUUAGCAGCUCAUUAAGCCCUGCCCCUACACGGGGUAGGGCCAAUGACUGGUCAGUCAUAGUAACAGGGGGGAUGUGGGUUCUCUCACUAGGCUCAUGGCGGUGGUCCUGGGCCUGCCCCUCUGGCUGGAUGGCUGCUUGGUGUGGGAGUGGGAUACCGUCUCAUGCCCGCGGCUGCUCUGCGGGUCACUCCCCUUAUCAGGAGACCCUAUCCGCCCUCCUUUCCAUCAAACGGGACACUGUCUCGCCUUCAGGCUGGGCGGGCACUGGCUACAUUGUGGGUUGUUUUUUGUUUUUUUUGACAAUUGUGCAACUGAUGCAGAGUCCUCUAGCAAUUUAGAGCAGUUUGAAAUUACAAUACAACAACAGUCUGGUACAGUUACCAUUCUGCAAAUGGUGCAGAAAGUUCAAGAAAUGUAUGCAGUUUGAAGUGACUAGUUGUGUGAUAAUCUGGAACAGUGUCAAUUGUGCAAAUGGUGCAGAUACUUCUCAAGAAGUGGCCAGUAUUGGUCAACAACAGAUAUCCAAGUGAAGCUACUACAGUGAGUGCAAGAAGAAGGUAUAAUUGGCCGAGAGAGAUGUGACAAUCUCAAGACACAAUUGUCAGCAUGUUACAAUGGAAUUGUAAGUUAACUGUUAAAGAAGAUAAUGGCAAGAGGGAAGAAGCUGUUGGAAUGUCUGCUUGUUUUAGUUUGCAUUGUUCGAUAGCGCCUACCUGAGGGAAGGAGCUGGAAGAGGUGGUGACCAGGAUGUGGAGGAUCCAAGAGGAUUUUGCAUGCUCUUAGUUCUGGCAGCAUGCAAGUCCUCUAGGGUGGUUAGGGCGGUACCGACAAUCUUUUCAGCAGUUUUGAUUGUCCGUUGCAGUCGGAGUUUGUCCUUUUUUGUAGCAGCACCAAACCAGACUGUAAUAAAAGAACACAGGACUGAUUCGAUGACUGCUGUGUAGAACUGCCUCAACAGCUCCUGUGGCAGGCCGUGGUUCCUCAGAAGCCGCAGGAAGUACAUCCUCUGCUGGGUCUUUUUGAGGAUGGACUUGAUGUUGGUCUCCCACUUCAGGUUCUGAAAGACUGUAAUUCGCAGGAAUUUGAAGGUUUCGACGGUCGACACAGGGCACCGUGAGGGGCAGCUGUGGCGAAGGAUGCCUCCUGAAGUCCACAAUCAUCUCUAUAGUCUUGAGCAUGUUCAGCUCCAGGUUGUGUCGACCGGACCACAGCUCCAGCUGCUCCACUUCCUGUCGAUACACAGACUCGUCACAGUCUUUGAUGAGGCCGAUGACUGUGGUGCCGUCUGUGGUGCCGUUAUCCAGGCUGCCGGUUGAAGUUUCAAAGACACUCCAGUCUGUGCAGUCUAGACAGCUUUGAAGUUCUAUCUUUGUUUACUUUACUGUUUUCACUGUAGGGUUUGCAUAUUUUUAAGUUUUUGCCAGUAUGUUGGUAUUAAGUGAAUUAAGCAGCGAUCAGACAAGCCCAGAGCUGCACGGGGGAAUAGCACGGUAUGUGUCAUUUUGCGUAGUACAGCAGAGGUCAAGGAGGUUUUCCCUGGAAGGACAGACGAUGUGCUGCUUGUAUUUAGGGAGUUCAUGGUUGAGUUUAGCUUUGUUCGAGUCCCCAACAAUAAUGAGGGGUGAAUCUGGGUGCUUUUUUUCAAUUUCGUUUGCUUGUUCAGUGACAUUACAGUGGGAAAAUAUGCAAAAAAUAUAAUUUGUGAAGGGGGGGCAAUACUUCUUCACAGCACCGUAUUUAUGUUACAUUAUUUAGCUGUCAGAGGAGUUAAAGCACAAUAUUUUGACCUGAAAAAGUUCAGGAAAAUCCUGUUGACAAAUAGUAGUCUGAAUAAUACUGUGGAUUACAUGGAUUCAGUAUGCUCAUGUAAGAGCAUGUGCAACAUUAGGUAUCAUCGCAGCAUCGGGGCUCAGGGAUGCCAUGAAGGUCACGCAGCUGUUCUGGCCAAAAGACUGCUGAUAAGUUUGUCCUUUUGCUCAUUAUCAGAAGUAUGCUGAUGAUGCAGUCAGUGAAGGGCAUUUGAUAACAUGUUCUUAAUACUAUGCAGAAAUUAAAGUCAUAACUCCCAGACAUAUUUUAAGAAAACCAACAGAAUGAGAAGAAUAAAUCUGUCCGUUUAUUGUCAUCCACGUAUCAGAAGCCAAUGGAUACAAUUGAUCAAAACAAAGAAAAAGAAAAUCUUGCAAACAAUUCUCUCAGAAUGCCUAACUAAUCCCGAGGCAGUGGAGACAAGCUAUACAGCAUUAUAAAGAGAACUGUAUCUAUUAUUUCACUUACCUCAAUUAUUACGAGUCAGAAAUAUUACACAACCACAAUAACAAACAUAUUGCUAACAGCAGUUCAUGUCCAUCAAAACUUAACAUUACCAUCUUUGUACAGGAAAAACAAUAGAUACAACUAUUGCAUGGAAUAUAUAUGGGCCAUUUUCAUAUAAUUUGAUCAAUAACAGAAAUUAUAUUUUAAUUUAGCAGUUUUUUAUGCUGCCUUGGUUUUAUAUGGGUAAAUAUCUCCCAUGGUGAAACAGCCAUGGCUAAAA